UCUAUUAGCGCCAUUUUGAAUUCUUUCCCAGGCCGUUGUCAAUGUAAACGAUAAAAUUCAUCGUGAUCAAUAGAUUUGAAAUUUAAAGCAUUUUAUAGCUGCAGAAGUACUUGAAUUUCAAGCAUUGGAAGAGAUUCUAAAUGCAGCUAUGGCUUCUAGACCAUUCAACACAUCGGCCAAGGAGCCCGUGUCGGUUAAACUGAGGGGAUUAAAUGCUUCAAAAAGUGUGACCAGACAGCUUGAGAUCGACAGUCGCAGAAUGGAAGAACGUCUGAGAGAGCUGAAGGUCGUUAUGAACAGAGAGAAACAAGAAAGAGAGAGGCAAGGAAGUGCUGGAUCAGGGGGAAUCUGGUCAUCGGCAAAGACUGCACCACCAGGCAUUGAUGUGACGAAAAAGAAGAGUCCAGCAAAACCUACCAAACCAGGAGAAAACAAGAUCAGAAAAAUAAAAGUACUAAAGGAUACCCCAAUUGAGUUACCUAAGAGAGUUCCAAAGAAGUAUCCUCCAGCCCCAAACUCAGUCAGGAAGUCAUUUUCUGGACCACCUUGUGGCCAGUGUGAGGAGAGAGCAGUAGCAUUGACCUGCAUGGAAUGUGGAGAGAAUUACUGCGCAGGAUGCUUUGCGAAGUUUCACCUCAAGGGGGCGCUACGUCAGCACCGUUCCAUCCCAUACCAGAGCGGCAGCAAAGAGAAUUCGCCACAUAAUAGUAUGGAAGCCAGUUCAGUUUCCCAUCCUGGAGCCAGCAAACCAUCCGCUCCUAAGACAAGCUCUGGAGUAGACAGUCAUUCCAAUCAGCCAGGCAGAGUCAUCAUGGCAAAGACCACACCACCAAAGAAUCCUUCUCCCAAGCCUGGUAUCUCGGCCUUCGAAGGAGAGUAUAGUGAAGAAGAGAGCGCUGCUUCCUUUGCUGCUGCACUGGCUGAAUGGAGACAAGUUAAGAAAGGGGGUCAGCAAAAUGGCGUAGGUGGCCAGGGUGCCAAGAAAGAUGUGCAUGACAUGGGCAGCGGAUCGGCAGCAGCUCUCGACGCCGACAAGGUACCAGUGGAGAUCAACUUCCAGGAGAACCCAUCCCUGAGCUACGCUGAUAGGCUCCUGCUCAAGAAACACAGACGCACAGAGCUGCCUACUGCCUUGAGCCCUACCCCCAGUCAGCUGGCAAAUCAUUACCUACCUAGGGAGACCGAUUCCAGAAUCAGCCAGAGUGAUUUGACCAAUGGGCACUAUGACCGCUCAGAGGAGGAAUUGGAGAUUGAAGAGGAACGCCAGCGUUACGCAAACAUCUUCGCCAAAGAAUCACCCCGAGAGGAAAUGGAACGACCCCAAAGCAAUCUUACCAUCUUGGAAAUCACAGAUGAGGAUGCCACUGUUGAAAAAGAUCUUGAAGUCCAGUCUGUUUAUAGUGUUCAAGAAUGGGAUUCUGUCAUCAACGCUCCGUCUCCUCAUGUCAUGGUCAUGACACCAGAUAGCAAUCAGUCUGGAAUCAAGCUCGCAGAUUCAAGCAUGAAGUCAAAAGAUGUGAAGUCCAACACAAGUGCAACCAGGGUGAUGCCUUCAGGGAAGGGAUCGUCCGCAAAGAUUGAUCAGAGGGUUUCCGGGAGUUCUGCCAAGUCUGCAGCCAGGAAAGACCAUGAGAAACAGACUCCGUCCAGGAAUGGGACAGCACCUAAGCCAAGCGUGGGCAGAGAAAAGCAGUCGGCUCAAGCCAGACCCAGCUCAAAGAUCGGCUCUGGUAGAUCAGCGGUUGCAGCAUCAGGCAGUCAACGGGACAGCACAAGCCAGAAGAACAGAACGGAGAGUGCUGUGCAAGGGAGACAGUCUGCAUCGGGACGGCAAUCUUCUGCUGGAGGUGGGAAGAAGAAAGGACAGGAGGAUUCUCAAGGAAGGCAAUCAGCAGUGGAAAGGCCACCUUCUGCAGGAAUCACCACGUUGCCUUCCAAGGAACUCCAGGAGAUCGGAAGGAUGCGCCCUGGCGUGCAGCAUCAGCAGGGCUACCAGGAGGGACUGGGGUCUUUCUUCAUGGGUGGUGUGGAUAUGAAGGACAAGAAGGACGCCGGCAGAAAGAAAGUGGAGCCAGAGAGAACCAACACCCCUACAAAUGUACUACCAGAUUGUUCCUACAAAGGUCCAUCGACAUGGAGACCAGACAGCAGUAUGUCCAACCAUCCUGAUCAGCCUGCCACAGUUCUCUCCCCGUCACCUCCAAAACAAUCCAGAGACACCAAGUCACCCAGCAUGUCCGGUAGAAAGCGGUCCUCUCUUCCCAUGGCUACAGGGACCUCAUCUUCGGGGACCACAAGCAACCGAUCUGCCCCAACUGGCACGACUCCUCGGGCAAUGUCCAGCAAGCCACGAAGCGGCGUUCCUGAACGGACGCCUCGCAGGUCUGCAGGAGUGGCUCCAGGAAAGGCAGGGUCUGCAGGAGUGGCUCCAGGAAAGGCAGGAGCUUCGGAAGUCGAUAACACACUGCACUGGAAACUCAGUCAGGCAGAAAAGGCCAAAGGAUCAAGGAUGGCACCAAGUGGUCUCAGGAAAUCAGGUACAGGAGACCACUCUGCAUCAUCCAGUGCAUCCAGUAUGGCCCCUAGGAGCAGCAGUCGUAUCGAGGUCGAUGGCGAUGACAUGACGGGGUACGAUGAUGAAGGGUCUGCGAGGAGGAGAGAGGAAGAGGACCAUGAAGCCUUGGAACAACUCAAUUGGGAACUAGCCUCUAAUGAUGGCAGAAUUACAGCUGAUGGUCGCAUCUCUAGCCUGAGUCUCAUCGAGGGACUAGACGAGAACAACCUUCUAUUCAUGGCUGUCGAGGACCAGGACCGGGCCCUAGGAAUCACACAAGACGAUGGACUAGGAUCUGGUCUAAGCACUCCCUGUAAUGAUCUCUCCUUGGACCAACUCAGCGAGGAGGAGCUCCAGUCGGACUUUGUGGUUGCGGCCGAUAACAAGCGCUCUAAAGAAGAAGUCCAGGCUCUCAAUAGUUAAAAGUAAUCUUGACCUCAAACUAGGUAAAUGGGAUUGUAUGUUAUGGAAAACUGUGUAAGGAGGUAUCCUGGAGGGGUCUGCUCGCUCUUCAUAAGAGCCGCUAUUUAUUAAGGACAACUAUUCAUUUGGUCACACCUUAUGGAUAGUGGUCCUUAUGAAUAGUGGUCCUUAUGAAUAGUCGUCCUUAUGAAUAGUGGUCCUUAU